AUGUCUCAAUCCGCCCAGCAGCACGAAUGGUCCCAGCCGCUCGACAGCAUGGCCAUGCAGCAAGAUUUCGACAGCCUACUCGACUUCGGCGACAUUGACCUCGACAUCCCGUUCUACGACUCCAGCCAAGCCCAGCCCACCGAUAACCAGCUCUCUGCCCUCGCCGACUCGCUCGACUCCCAGCAUCUGCCACCCUCCGGCGCCGUCCCGCCACAGAACCAGGACGAUGGUUCCGGUGCACAACAGCAGCAGUCGCUGCAGUCGCCAAGCAACAUGCAGGACACCAACAACCUUUUCGACUUCACCUUCGAGAGCGCGUACAACCACACCCAUCAGCAGCAGCAGAACUUCUCUGCGCCGCAAGACCACUCCAUGCAGCCGCGCGCCUUCGUCCCGCCUACACCAAACAGCGUGGAAAUGCAUGGUGAUGCUGCGCGUUACAUGAACCAUCUGGAUCCCCAGUCGCGCGCCAUAAUGGACCAGCGAUACCAACUGCGUAAAGAAGAUUUGGCAAGCUUCACUCCACUCGUAUCUCCGGCCGUAACACCCCAUGAUUCCUCUUUCCAAAUGCAGCCCGAGUUUACGGUUCCUGGCGCAUACUUUAGCCCUUUAACAUCACCCGCAUUGGACGCUCAAAAUAGCCGCGGUGGCCACCAGGCCUACUUUUCUCACACGCAUACUGCGGAAAACUCAUUGACGACAUCACCAAUUGAUCUUGAUGUGGAUAUGCUGGGCGAGCAAGCACAGCAACAGGACCUAAACAGAAAGUUGAAAAACAAAAGAAGCGCGGCAUCUACUCGGUCCUCUGGGUCUGCAGCACGCAUCAGACAAUCGCCCAUCGUGAAGCCGCAGAGCCAUGGCCAUAGGAAGAAAGGAACUUUGUCCUCUGUUAUUCCUCCUAAAGAGGUCAGCGAACUGUUGGAACAACAGGCGCACCAAUCGGGAGGUUCAUCUCGACCUACUUCCGCUGGCUUGAUUCCGUCAAGCAGGGACGUCUCGGAGGCAGAGUCGAUAUCGCCGGAACCACUAUCGGAGGCUCUUAUGGGACCUCCGCCUCGUCCAGGAUCAGUCACAGCCUCCCCUUCGAUACGUGCCACUGGCAGCAGUGGGCAACCACAGCCCUCAAUCGAGGGCCAGCAGAUGUGUCCUGCUACGCCAGCCUCGCUCAUGCGCCUUCAGCCUUCCCCUAAGAACAAGUCGCAGCCCAGUUCGCAAUCAGGAACCCCCUCUUUUAUCCCGCAAGGAAGCACCCAGCCAAUCAACGAUGACUUUGCCCUCCCGGAACCAGCAGCCUUGACAGGUGUGACAGCCCGUCCUGGCGUAUCACGAGUGGACACUGCCAUCCACGAUGACCAGUCAACUCCGCGACGGGGUGGCAAAAAGCGUGGCAGUGUCAGCUCAGCCUUGGUGAGCCCUGCACUACGACCGAAGAUCAGUCCAAGCAUCAAGCCUCUGCUUCCCGAAGGAGCUUCUACGUCAGACGAUACGCAUGCGCUUUUGCUCGCGUCCAAAUCUAAUUAUCAACACAUUCUCGAAGGCACACAUGUUCCUGGAGUUGUAUACCCGGAAGCGCUCUCUACAAACUUGACGUCAAAGCGUACCUCACACAAGAUCGCUGAGCAGGGUCGCCGUAACCGCAUCAACCUCGCACUUCAGGAGCUGCAAUCUCUUAUCCCGAGCCCUACAAUCAACCCUAAGGAUUCCAGUACAAGUGCCCCUACUGGAAAUAGCGCUAGCCCUGAGGAGAGUGCUCUAAGAAAGGAAGAACGACAGAGCAAUAGCAAGGCAAGCACGGUUGAGAAUGCGAUCGAGUACAUCAAGUUGUUGAAGCGGAAGGAUGAGGAGAGGGAUCGUAGGAUGAUGGAGCAGAGGAGGGAAAUUGAGGAGCUGCGCAAGAAGCUGGAAAGCGGUAAAAUAGACUCGGAAAAGUCUCUGCCAGCUCAGUCGGGUAAGGAGGAAGUUCAAAGCGCCAAGGAGUCGAAGGAUGAGACAUCGAAAACUGCAGUUGACACGAUGGAAGUGGAGGGGGAGAUGCAGGCUGCAAAAGAGAAGCCGGCUGAACAGGAGGCUGUGAAGUGA